CGAAUAUUCGCGAAUAUUCUCAGAUUAUGCGCAUUGAGAAUAUUCUCAGGCCAACACUAUUCUCACUGGUACACCUACUACUGAUGCAGGACUAACUGUGAAAGUACUCUUAAAAAUCAUUUGUCAGUAUGGAAUUCCCUCUAGAAUUUUAUCGGACCAAGGUUCAGCGUUCAAUUCCAAUUUAAUGAAAGAACUCACGGCAGUUCUUGGAAUAGAAAAAUUGGAAUGCAGUCCAUACCAUCCUGAGACCAAUGGAGCACUUGAGAGAAGUCAUGGAACCAUAAAAACCAAUCUAAAAUUCUAUAUAAAUUUGGAUCGCAACAAUUGGGAUGAAUACCUAGACAUGGCAGUUUAUGCUUUUAAUACAGCCAUCCAUUCAUCAACUAAUUUCUCCCCUUAUGAACUUCUCUUUGGUAGAAAACCUGUGAUACCCUAUCUCAAGACUAAUGCAUCUUAUCAAGAUUACAUCACUGAUUUGAAAAUCAAAUUUCAAAACAUUCAUGAAAAAGCUAUUAAAGCUCAACAAAUUUCUAAAGAAAAAUCAAAAAAUAAAUAUGAUAAGAAAACGAAUGAUAAAUUCCCUUAUGCUGUUGGAGACACCGUAAAACUGAAGACUAGAAACACUCAAAAACAACGUGGAGCCUUAAGCAAACCCUUUGAAGGACCUUUCAAAGUGAUUAAAACAAAUUACCCAAAUGUAACCAUCGAUAUGGAUGGAAAAGAAAAAACCUAUCACGCUAAUUUAUUACAACCAUUUAAAGUACUCUUCUUAUUCAGCCUUAUAUUCACCAACGUAUUUUCAUUUGAUAUUAUCAGAAAUAUUAACGACAAUACAGGUCUAUAUCUUAACAACUUAGGGACAGUAGGUAAUCAUAAUGCCAACUGGCACUUAAUUUCAUCUGUUAAUAUAAGUUCACUUGAACUUCAAAUCACAUACAUUAGAGACCGUUUGUAUUAUUUAGAUCAAAUGGCUCAAAAACUUAAUAAAACCUCAAAACUAAAUUCCUGGAGUGGUAUGUACUCAAGUCUCGAAGUUGAACUUGAAAAUAUAAAAACCACAACAGAAAAAUUAUCUAGAAUACGAGAAAAAAGAAGUAUUCUUCUAGCUACAGGAGCUGUCGCCUUAAGUUUCCUCAUUGGUUUAGUUGCAGCUAAGUCAUCACUCUCUAGUGUAUCAACUGAUACUGCUUCAUUAAUCGAAUUACAGCGUAGAAAUAUCCAAUUGAUUGGAAAUACUAUUAAAAAUUUUGAAGCUUCAACUGAAAUUUUUGAAAAAAAUCAACAAAUAUUAUACAAUGCAACUGAACAAAUCAAUUUAGAACUAAAUAAACUCAGUAACACAACAGACAAACUACUUAUUGAGUCCCAAUACCAACAAAUUGAAAUAGCUGUCAAUACAUUAUAUGAUGUCGCCUUUGCUGAUAUGAGUUCUCUACAAAACGCUAUUCUUAUGUCAAAACAACACACUCUUCACCCUACUAUAGUAACAACUAAUGACUUGAAAAAAUACUUACUAACUAUCAAAACUCCUUCAGAUCAAAUGUUCCCUAUAGACAUCAAUAAAAACACAAAAACAUCAACAAUUCGAAAAUUAACUGAUCUUUGCACAAUUGAAACGGAGUUCGCUAAUGAUACCAUUUAUUUUGCCAUUUCUAUUCCCUUAAUAGAAAAUGAACAAUAUUUCCUAUAUGAAAGUAUUCCUUUUCCCUUCUCCUCAUCUGUUGAACCUAACCUAUAUCAUUUUAUCAUUCCUACUAAACCGUAUGUACUUGUUGAUUUUAAAACCACAAAAUAUGGAUUUCUGGACAACUUAUCCCAAUGUAAAGAAAUUGAACCUUUAUUUCAAAUAUGUUACAUCCCACAAACUCAAAUUGCCAUUGAUACACCAUGCGAAGUAAGCAUUCAAAUGGGAACUUCAAGAAAUUGUAACCUUACUCAGAUGAUAGCUGAUACAGAAAUUUGGCACUCCCUUGGAAACAACCGAUGGUUAUUUUCAUUAACCCAAGAAACAAUUUUGAAACUUUACUGUGAUAGACAAAUAACUCAAUAUGCCAUCUCAAAAAAUGGAAUCCUGACCAUUCCAGCAGGUUGCAAAGGUCAAAGUAAGGAAUAUUACUUUCAUGCAAUAUCUGACUACCAUGGACAUAUUGCUCAAGAGCUUCGUACCUUAAACCUUUCUAUUCCUGACAUAGUAUUGCAUAAACAAAAAAUCUUGACCAUUCCAAAACUACAACAAUUCAAUGCUAUGAAUUUUAAAACCCUAUCAACACUACAACAAGAAGAAGAAAAAUUAUUCGAUCAAAACUUCAUUAAUCGUCAUCAAACAACUGUUAAUUGGACAGUAGUUGUCAUCACUAUCAUCAUUUGUACUUUUUUGUUUAUAUACUUCUACUGCAAGUGUAGAACAAGACUAGUGUUGGGCAAAUUCGCGAAUAUUCUUUUUUUGCUUGCGCAUGCGCAAGAAUAUGCGCAUAUUCUUGCGCAUAUUCCGCAGAUUCUUUUCAAAAAAUUAGAAAAUUAUUGCCUAGUUUAGAGAUAAUAGGGAAAAGGUUUUGGUAACUUUCAAAUUAUUGAGGAAAAUUGGAAAUUUAUAAAGAAAAGUAGUUGUAAAACUUGUAAAUUGUGGAAAAUUGUAGAAAAAUCUUCAAAUUUUUUGAAAAAAGUCCCGAUUUUUAUUUUUUUGAGAGAAUAUUCUCCAAGCGUUUGAGAAUAUUCGCGAAUAUUCGCGAAUAUUCUCAGAUUAUGCGCAUUGAGAAUAUUCUCAGGCCAACACUAAACAAGACGUAUAGCCAUUCCUACACGCGAAGUACAUUCCCCAUUAAUGCUACAGUCAAUUCCAGUCAACAUUGAGGAAAUUCCAUUGAAUGUUAGAGCCUCAAAUCGAAUGCGAAGAAGCGCAAGACCCCGCUCCGAUUUAUAGUCGUUUCUUCAUCAGGGGGUGUUAUGUCCGCACCACUAAUAUAUUAUACUACCUAGUAUCUACCUAUAUAAAUACUCAUAUUAACCUUCUUCUUAAUUACCUAUAUUUUUUAAUCACCUAUUUUUUAAUCAUUUUGUUGUGGCUUUGCCACUAUUAUAUAAUACCUAAUACAUACAUACCUACCCUAGACUAAUUACCUAUCAAUAUUUUUUAACCUUGCUAUCUUCUUCCAAAAUCCACUUUUUGUUUUCCUUUUCCUCUUAAUUUCAUCCUUAAUGAUCCUUGUUCUUCUCCUUCUCACUAAUACUGGUGGUUUGUACUUUUCCUUUUUUUUAAUAUAAAUAUCGAUACAUUUUACUGUAAAAAUCAGUCUUAAGUUAUGAGACAAAAGAAUACACAUGUUAUUUCUUA